AUGGAGGAAGCUAUAGUGUGGAGUGCGUUGCUCGUUGUAAGCAUAAUCAUCAUAUUUAUGCUCUCUAUUGGUCUCCAUGAGAAGAGCACCAACGCAAUAUGUCUGUCAAGGAGAAGACUUGAAGGCAAGACUGUGAUAGUGACUGGGGGAACGGCAGGAAUCGGACUCGAGAUAGCAAAAGACUUAGCUCACAGAGGAGCUAGAGUGAUCAUCGCGUGUCCUUACGAAGAUGAAGGCAUCGAAGCAAGGGAUCAAAUUAUAGAGGAAACUGAAAACAGUGAUGUUAUUUUUAAACUACUGGAUCUAUCAAAUUUAGAGUCUACUAGACAUUUUGCGGAAGAUAUUUUAAAGACUGAAAUGAGGUUAGAUAUUUUAAUAAAUAAUACUGGAGUUGGAGUACCUACAGACCAGUAUACAAAAGACGGGAUACUUUUCAUCAUGCAGGUGAAUUAUUAUGGUACAUUUUUGUUGAGUCUGUUAUUGUUACCGCUCCUGGAAAGGACAGGUAAGCUUGGUGAACCUAGUAGAAUACUGGUCACUACAUCAUUAACGCAUUGGCUUGGUGGUCGAGUUGACAUUCAAAAGUCAAACAAAAACUGCUUCUUCUCUUUACUUUAUAAGGUACAACUUUAUUCAAGCAGCAAAUUAUACUUGUUAUAUUUUUCGACUGACCUAACGAAGAGGUUAAAAGGGUGCAACGUUGUGAUUAAUAAUGUGGACCCUGGAAUGGUAGGAACUAGAAUAUUCUAUUCUGCUAAUAGGGUGAUUGGGUUUAUAUUGACUUUAAUUGGUUUGAUGCUGUUCAAAACACCUUGGCAAGGUGCCCAAACGACAUUACAUGUGGCUCUGGAUAGAACUGGUGGAGAAAAAAGUUCGAACGCAAUAUGUGUAUCAAGGAAGAGACUCGAAGGAAAAACUGUUAUAGUGACCGGGGGCACAGCAGGAAUGGGUGUUUUGAUUGCAACAGAUUUAGCACACCGAGGAGCUAAAGUAAUAAUAGCGUGUCCUUUUGAAGAGGAAGGCGUGACUGCUAGAAAUCAAAUUAUAAAAGAAACGGGAAACGAAGAUGUAGUUUUCAAGAUUCUGGACCAGUCGUCUCUGGAUUCCACAAGAAAAUUUGCAGCUGACAUCUUGAAAACAGAAGACAGAUUAGAUAUUUUAAUAAAUAAUGCCGGAAUUGGUUUUCCUAACAAUUUUGAAACUAAAGAUGGCUUAAGCUUUAUAAUGCAAGUGAAUUAUUAUGGAGUAGUUUUAUUAACACUUCUGCUUUUACCACUUUUAAAAAAGACAGGAAAACGCGAUGAGCCUAGCAGAAUAAUAGUAACUACAUCUGUUUUGCAUAUGUUGGGACAAGUAGACAUAAAAAAUGCAAACAAAAUGAAUUAUUGGCACAGUUCAGUUCUGGUUUAUGGCAACAGUAAGAUUUGCCUUAUACAUUUCGCGAAGGAACUUACAAAGAAGCUAAAAGGUUCAGAUGUUGUGAUUAAUUGUGUAGAUCCAGGAGCAGUUGGUACAAGAAUCUUUAAUUCAAUUAAUAUAGUAGUUGGAACUUUUAUAAAACUAGGCUGUAUUUUAUUGUUCAAGACACCCUGGUAUGGAGCACAAACAGCUUUACACGUAGCCUUAGAUAAAAGUGGCGGAGAGGUGAGUGGUGCUUAUUUCAAAAACUGCGAGAUUAAUAGACCAGUAAAGCGGGCGUACAACGAUAAAACUUCAAAAGAAUUAUGGAAAGACACAGUGAGACUAGUAAAGUUGUCUGAAGACGAGUUAAAUCUUAUUUUAGAAUAG